AUGAGGCUCAUUCUGCUUCUGCUCUUCUUAGCUGUGGCGACCCACGCAGGUUUGCUGGAUCUUGGCAAAGUCAAAGAAUUCUUCAAAGGAGGAAAUCUCGGCGAAAAAAUUAAAGCCGCAACACUCUCGAAGUUCAAAAAGCUUUUCGAAAAGACUGGCGUUCUUUCACUUGGCAGCAAAUUGACUGAGUUGAGAAGUAAGAUGAUGAAAAAGCUUCAACUAUCGAAUGAAAAGAAAGCAGAAAUUGAUCGCAAGCUCAAGGAAAUUGAGGAGAGACGAGAUGAUACCGUUGAAGACUUGAAAGACACGAUAUUCGAAAUCAAUUCUGAAAAGAACGUCGGCAAAACUCUUUUCCAGAGUGAUAUCCUACUGACAAAGAGGCAGCAAGAAGAAGUAAUGGAGGCCGUCGAAGGAAAGUCCGCUCGAUCUAAGAG